AUGAAUAGCAACAAAACGUUUUACAAUGAUUCAACAUCAGCACAAGGCGUUGGCAACGCCGCUGGUAUUCAGUUACGCUCAUCUGGUUAUUCGCUAGAACAACAAGAACCGCAACAAGGAUUCGAUCAGAUGAAGGCAACAACAUCGUCACAGUACACUGACCACCAUCAAUUGCCUCAGGAUCAACCCAUUCAUCAGCAGUUAACUAAGUACCCUGUUGCUCAUUUGUCAACAAAUGACAGACAAAUCUCACAUUCACAUGCAGGUGCUCCUGUUACGACUAGUGGCUCUUCGUCAUUGAAAUGGAAAUAUUUCGUAACUAAUGAUGUUCAACUAUUAGAUAGUAUUGAAGAUGCUAAAAGAUAUAUUCAGGAAGUUGCGAAUAUUUGGAAACUACAACAUUAUCAAAAUGGCAAAAAAUUUGUUGUAACACUGAUGAAAGCAAUUGAACAACACGAAAAAGCAGAAGUUGCAUACGAUUAUUUAAAUACAAAUGAACAUGGUGAAGAUUUUUAUAUUCUGGUAAUUAUUCGUCAAAAUGCAGACAAGACAAUUGAUGUUUGCUAUUCCUAUCAAUCAAUUACUUUGGCAUCUAGUCGUGGCAGUGGCAUUUCAUUAUCGGAACGAAAAUCGGUCUCAUGGUUGAAACAAACUGCCUCUCAAAAUCUCAAUGCACACACACUAAUUCUAAAAAGCUUUAGCGAAAGCCUAUCCAAUGAACAGAGCCGUGGUGGUGCAGGUGCUAUCAGUAUGUCUGACUAUGAUCCACAUCUACGGGCAUUACAAAAAAGUAGCAAAAAAUGA